UUAUUUCUUUGGAAAACUGUAUGUCUGCCCAUGACAUUUAUGCUACUCAUGAUUACAGGUUCUGUCAUACUCGUCCUCAGUUGCACCUUCCUCGUACUCAUUCCCCUGUAAAAGCUGUUCUAGUGUUUGGAUGUCUCACUACCCUGCUUGAACUGUUUCUAGUUCUAGUAUUUUCCUUGCUUUUUGUUGCAAUGAAGCGCCACACCUGCUGUUUAGUUUUAUUCUGAAUGUUUUGGUAACGUGGAGCUCUUGAUGGCUCCUUUUAAAUUUAUGUAAAUUCCGCUUAACCAUGUUAUCUGACACAGUUCCUACUCAGUCAGGAGAUUCAGAUUAUGAUACAUGGUUGUCCCAAAACACCACGUCAGUAUUUGGUGGCAGCCAGAAAAACACAUGAAAUGUUACAGUUUUUUAGGAAAGGAAAUAGAGUGUAACAGAAAACAUCAUAAAGUGACAGCAUAAAUACGUGAUCACCUGUAUCUUAGCCGCUGUGUAGAGUUCUAGUCUCAGAAAAAGGGUAUGUUAGAAAGUUUCAACAUGGAUAAGUGAAUGUAUGGAAAGCCUUUUGUCAGUCCAUCAGAGAGGGUUAAGACCCUUCAGAUUAGGAAGGGUCAAUUUGCAGAGUGAGGGAAGAGAGGUGACUUAGAGGUGUCUGUGAAAUGACAGUGGAGAAAGAGUAGGGCUCAAGCACUUGCAUUCUUUUCUGACACACCAGGUACCUGCAUCACGUGAAGCGAGUAGCCACGCUCACAGCAAGAAGGGGGAGUCAUAAAAUGAUUGAUCAAAUGAAGCUUCUUACCAGAUGACACUGUAGAUUAAAAGUGUUUAUGGGAAUUUAAGGGAUGCUGGACAAGUGUUUCAGAGAACUGCAUUCGUGGACUGAAUAAUUUCAGAUGCAGAAACAACUUCCUCAGCAGAAUGGUUAAUGUCUGGGAGAGUAGAGAUUGUGGAGGUAUCACAUGUAUUUGCCUUACCUCACUCCUUCUGAGACAGCUGCUUUUGGCUAUCUUCAGGAUGGAAUGACCAUCAGUGUCAACCCUUCAGGACAGAAGAACGACUCGUAUCAACCCCUGACCUGCACUAGUACUUUCUUCUUGAACCAUUUGCCAUGGACAUGAAUUAGAAGUUAUUCAGACUUAAUCCUGAAACAGAGCCGACUCAGGUCUGUAGCAGGAAAAUGGAUGAUGAUGAUGAUGACAUUCCCCAGCUUUCAUCCCAUACAUUGGCUGCGCUCCAGGAGUUCUAUUUGGAACAGCAGCAGAGAGAGGGCAUGAAGACCUCCCAAGGGUUUAAUCAAUAUUCCAUUGGCUCAAUAGAAGAAGACUGGCAACUGAGCCAAUUUUGGUACAGUGAUGAAACUGCAUUGUGCCUGGCUAAGGAAGCAGUUCUGGCAGCUGGAAAAGGUGGCAGGAUAGCAUGCAUUAGUGCACCAAGUGUGUACCAGAAACUGAAAGAACAGGAUGGUGAAGAUUUUUCUGUGUGUGUACUGGAGUAUGACAGAAGGUUUUCUGUGUAUGGAGAAGAAUUUAUCUUCUAUGAUUACAAUCACCCUUUGGACUUACCUGAAAAUCUCCUGCCACACAGUUUUGACAUUGUAAUAGCAGAUCCACCCUAUCUGUCUGAGGAAUGUCUUCAAAAGACUGCAGAGACCAUCAAAUAUCUAACAAAAGGAAAGAUUCUGCUUUGCACAGGUGCAGUCAUGGAGGAACAGGCAGCAAAGCUUCUUGGUGUGAAGAUGUGCAAGUUUAUUCCAAAACACUCACGAAAUUUAGCCAAUGAAUUUCGAUGUUACGUGAACUAUGCUUCUGGACUGGACUGAUUCUCCUAAGAUCAUCUGCAAAUCUACAACUUCUUCAGUCAAGCUUCCGUCUGUUUUUUAUCAGUUACUCCACAUUUUUCAGUGCUGAAAUAUUUGGCUCCAAGGACUGUUUUCUGGGAUAACUGGAAUCAACACAGUGUGAUGGCCACUCUCUUUCAAAGGAGUAAGCAUUUGCAGUUACUGUGUUUCUUAUUAGGUAAAUGCAGACCAAGCAGUGCAGGUGCUGGAUAAUGGGAACUUCUCUGUUAGAGUUUCUUUUUAACUGGUAGCUUUUACCAUUUGAGGACACAUCAGUGACCUCUUUGAAAGGAUUUUAGCUUAUAACAACACAUAGGUGUUUGCCUUGCAGGCAUCAGAAUCAUCAUUGCCAAAGAACUUGAUAGUUCUGCAGUAAUGUAACCCAUACAUGUCCCUUAAAUCUUGAAUCAUAAUGGCUCUGAUUAAAUAUAGUGCCUACUUUUUAAUAAUUUCAAUAUCAAACUAAAGAUGAUCUACAGAUAUGUCAAGUUUAUAGUUACAAGAAUGGUUAUGAUUUUUUUUCCAGUUGCCUGGUUUUAUCUUUUUCUCCUGUUCCACAUAGCAGUAGAAUAGAAGCAUCUUAAAAAUCAUUGAACCUUACAAGGCCACUGAGGAAUAACAUAUUGAUAAACUCCCACUGUUUCAAAUAGAAAAAUGUUAGAUUUUAUAUUUAAGGUUUGGACUAUAUUUCAGUCAAAGUAGAUGAUACAUUGGAAAAACUUCACUUUGGGUAAGUAGAGAUUUUUGAUAACUGGUAUUUUUAAAGCCAGUUUUGACUAACCUUUUGACUACACUAGUGAAUUCUUGGGUGGAAGUUAGUUCAUAAAUUUCAAGGCACUCAACAGUUUUAUAAUCUCUAAAUACACUCUACAAAACACAAGUACUUGUCUUUGUAUGUCGUACUGUAUAAAGGCUAAUAGAAAUGCUGCAUCUACAAAAUGAAUCACGUAAAAUGAAGUGUUAAAUUUAUUUUGUGGUGGGAAUAAACCUAAUUAAGCUUGUGAGACAAGACUUUUUAUAACACAGUGAUAAUACUCAUAUAUCUGCUGUUUGAAUGCAGAUUUUCCCAUCUGGUGGAGUAAACAGCUGAGCAGGAAUAAAACAGAUGGAUUACUAUCCUCUCUCAAUGCUCAGAGAAUGGUGCUGUCUGAGCUGGACACAACAGUGCUUCAUAAAUACCCACCCAAGCCACUAUAUCUCUCCUCCCCAUUUUUCAAGAGAUCUCUUUGUUUCCUAAGGCUUUUCCUUCCUCACAUUUUACGCCUGCUGGUUCCUCCCUGCAUGUAGUGUCUCUGGGUUCCAUGGCAACAAUUUUCUUCCUCUUUUACACGCCGGCCUCUCCUGACAAGCUCUGUGAGCCCAGGACUCAUACAGUCUUGCCUUUCAAACCAGAUGCCAUCCUUGCUGCUGAGCCAGAAUUCCCCUAAAAAUGACUGUCCACAGGUGAAAUACAGCUGGGUUUCGUUGUUUUCCAGGAGGCUACACCAUCACUUUUAUGUGGCCAGUGUAAAAAUAAAGCAAACCAGAAUGUUAACUGCAUAGCUGUUGGCACAAACUUGUACUUCAAACUGGUUUAUUACCUCAAUGUCUUGCACACCAAGCAGAUGGAGACAAUGAAGUAACUCAUGAAACUUCGUUUUUAACUACAUAGAGGCUUCAAGUGGGACAGGUAUCAUUGCCAGAAGGGAUGAUACUAUUCCCCUGCCACCCACCUACAUUAGAAUGUGCUGUUCAAAUUGAAGCCUCACCUGUGUUUCUGCUUUGCUUGCUUAUUUUGGUAAAUGUGUGUUAUUGGUCUCUCCAUAGUGGAAUUAAAAGACAGCUUUGCUAACUUCAUCAGAAAUAUUUCUUAAAAAGAUAAAAAUGCACCAUUCAGUUGUACCAAGAAGUUCACUUCCAAGAAAGUCACUGCUGCUUCUCACAUGUAGGUCAGAAAAGGGGCACUGUGAAGACAUAUAGUUAUGAAACUGAGAGUACAUGAAAAUCUGCGCAGAUGCACUCAACAGAGCAGCCCGUUGUCCACCAGCUUCCCUCUUAAAAGCCUGGGGAGUGCAGGCAGCUGCCCAAGCAGAGCUUGACUAGUGGCAUUUACAGCCUUCAUCAGUGAUGGGAGGUAAACUAUUUUUGUCAUACUUGAUUCCAAGGAAGUAGCUGUUUCAGAGAAGAGUACAAGUCACAAAAAUUCGUAGUGAAUUUGUGUUUUGUGCCAGCGUGGUAACUUUAAGAAAUAUUAUGUGACAGCAAAAUCCCUCUUUUCUUCUGUAACAGGAUUAUGAAUAAAAAUACCAGCGUCAAGUAA